AUGAAGUCUGCAAACGAUCGUGAUCAUAUCGCGAAGCAGAUGCAGGCUUUGGGAUUCGAGAUGGAGAGUAUCGGCGUAUGGGAAGUCUUCCCAUGCGUCGUAAUCAAAAGUGUAUGCGAUUACGCCGACAGCCAUAAGAGCAAGGACUGGCAGCCUUAUGCUGCUGCUUGUGCAGCAUCAUAUGCAAAGGGAUUCAUCAGAUACUGGGAUCCGACAAGAUGUGCCGAGCCUAGCUCCAAGCCUGAGCAGUUUCGGAAACGCAUUGUUAAAAGCCUCAGCUACUCAGACAUGAACGAAAGAAGAAAUAACAUUCAAUCAGAGGCUCCGUCUACAUUUAAUUGGAUCUUCGAAGAAUCAGUCGAAUACCCUAGGGAACAGGGCUUGGACUCGCUCUCGGCCCAAGAUUCUGAUACUACUAGACACCAUGAAACCGAAUGGAAAGCAGACUUGGCACCAAACGCCGAGGCUGGAAAAGAAGGAUCAUUUGAAGCUGGUGAAAAUAACGGAACAGAGUGGGAAACAGCAUCAGACGAGGAAUCUGAACAAGAAGGAUCCCUUGAAGACGAUGAAGAUGACGAAGCGAGCUGGGAAACGACAUCAGACGAGAAGUCUGGAGAAGAGGGAUCCCUUGAAGCGGACGAUGACAUGGGGACUGACUGGGCAACAGAAUCAGAUGACAGAUCUGAGACCUCCGAAAAUUCCACCCCAAGCGGCCGACAAUGGAGACACUGGGAUAGCUUUAUUGAUUGGCUAAAAUCGAACCUGCCAGUCUACUGGAUCACCGGGAAACCGGGCUCUGGGAAGAGUACCCUCAUGAAGUUCCUCAUAUCAGAUUCCAGGACACCAGCUGCGUUGAAGGAAUGGAAGAAGGACACAAUAAUAAUUGCGCACUUCUUCUGGAAGCCAGGAAGUACGAUGCAGCACUCUUUCAAGGGUCUUCUCUGUUCAUUGCUGUGUCUGAUUUUGAAGAACGAUAAGAGCAUCUCCCAUAGCGUUCUUCAGAGAAUGAUCAAAGACAAAGAUGGAAAGGAGUCACCGAGUGAUUGGGACCAACGCGAACUGAGAGAUCUUCUAGAACUUUAUCCGUCACUGGGUAUCGUAUCAGAAAUGAAGUCUUGCGAACUGCCCUCUGCCCUUGAGACCUUGACCAGGUGGAUACGCGAAGCGAGCCUGCCACGCGCCGUUAGCACCACUAUAUUGACCCUUGCACAGAAAAUGUAUGAGCGAGGAUCCCUAUUGACACCAGAAACCUGCCGUGAACUUCUACCCCUUCAUUCUCGCCGGGGACAGUUCUUGAUAUAUGCAGUAUCUUUUAGUCAUACUACAUUUGUGUUCAACAACUUGGCAACUUUUCCAAAUUCUGAGAGAUACGAAACUGCUUAUUAUAUCUUUUAUAAUGCUUGUGCCGAGCUUCAUUCUCCCGACGAUGACGGGAAUAUGAUGCAUGAACCCGGGGUAGUCAAGUUCAUGAUCGAAAACGGCUACAGUCCCAACUGGCCCGGAAGCUCAGAGACGACUACUUACAAAUUCGGCAGUCCUUGGCUUCGGUAUUUCUUAGCACUACAUGAGAAACUUACCGGUAGAGUGAAAGCUAUACUCACCUCGACUCAGGCACUUGCAGUCUUGGAUACUAUACGUAUGUUCCUCAGAUCUGGGGCCAGUGUCCAGUCUAGGUUCAAGAUAGUAUUCAGUUGGUGUCGAGUGCCCGAGAGAAGCCUACCUGCACAUAUUAGUCUUGAAGCUCUUUUUAUUCAUCCCUAUAAACGCUUCCCCUGUCCGGACAACUCUGGCUUCUUGAUCCUGGAGAUAAAUGCCAAGGUGCUCCUGGAAUCAAUACUAGUUCAGGUACACGGGGCAAUACACCCCGUUUCCCGUUUGAGGCUUCCGGAGGAUGCCUCUCACCCAAAAGCUCUUGCAUUCGGCAAUUGGAGCAAGAAGGAGUAUUUCAUCGUGGAUAGAAACUGGGUGUCAGAGUUACUCGUAGAAGGAGUAAAACUCUGGUUUCGGCACGCUACGAGGAAGGGUGAUGACACGAAGUUGAACAACACAGUUAUGGGGAUGUGUCGUUACGUUACUGACAAAGUUAGUGAAGCUUCGUGCCGUCAAGGUGCUUGGCCCUUUUAA